AUUGUGCUCCCAGUAUCUGCGUGGCGGUCGUCGCACUAGCCGCUUGUAAUUGUGAUAAUUGUGUUGUGUGGCGCAGUGAGUGUAGCGGGAUGCUGGACCAGGAGCUACUAGCCAAGGGCGCCCUGUCGGAGGGGCAGCAGCAGCCCCCGCCGCCCCAUCUCACCAACCCGUACUCCCAGUUCCAGCAGUACCAGCAGAGUAUGGCUGGCUACAAUAACAUGGGCUAUGGCUUCCCUAUGUACACUCAGAAUGGCUACGGCUACCCUCUGGCCGGCUACCCACACGCCCCCAGCCCUCCCACAGACGUCACGGAGAAGACCGAAGGAGGCGAGGUGAGAGUGACAGCCAAAGGCAAGAAAGUGAGGAAGCCGCGCACCAUCUACUCCUCCCUGCAGCUGCAGCAGCUCAACAAGAUGUUCCAGAGGACCCAGUACCUCGCCCUGCCGGAGCGCGCCGAGCUGGCCGCCAAGCUGGGACUCACACAGACACAGGUGAAGAUCUGGUUCCAGAACCGCCGCUCCAAGUACAAGAAGCUGUACAAGGCCGCCCAGAAUGGCCAGCUGCCGGGAGUGGACGCCGCCGAGAUCGCUGCCGACCUGGGAGCAAACCUCUCCCAGAUGGUGAGCAACGGGCCGGAAUCACCCAGCUCGCCCACUCCUACGGACCACGGCCACGACCAGCCGCCCCCGUCCGUGGGGGCUGACGGCGGCCCACUUUCUCCCCCGCCCGACGACCGCCCGCAGUCCCAACCGCCCACAGUGUCCAGUCACGGCGAGAUGGCGUCCCCUAUGAUGUCUGGCCCACGCGACAUGGUGGUGUCCCCACAGAUCCACGCGGCCAAGGACAUGAUGGCGAUGAACCCCGCCAUGAUGGGCAGCGACCAGCGGCGGGAACAGGUCAUGAUGCCGGCCCACCACCAGUGGGACCCCGCCCACUACAUGUCAUACUGGAACCACUACGGCGACAUGGCCGCCCACCAGAUGAACCACCAGAUCAUGACUUAAGCGACGCGGCAGCCACACUCCGCCCCGUACGGCCCACCACCACCGCCACCACGCAGCCUCCCGGCUUUCCGCGGCCGGGGCUCAGGCGUGCAUCCUCGUGACGACUGCGGUGCUUCCACGCCGCGAAGCGCCGGCAUGUUGUUACCUGGAGCGAGAGGCAGCGCCCCUGGGAGCCUUUCACCCCUCCCUCUCACCUGCGGCGCGCCCCUCCCUCCCCCACGGCCAGCCUCCGUCCGCCACGCCCUGCUGGCGGCCUCAACAUUCCAGGGGGACGUGUGGGCGCCCGCCACCACGAGGCGGCGGCAGCAACAUGAGCCUCCCGCCUCGCCUCGUCUCGCCACGGGACGGAGGUGAUGAAGGGCCGCGCGCUCUUAUGUAUUAUGUAUGAUGUAUGGUUAGUGUAUAAAGUACUCUUGGUCCAUAAAAAUAAUGCAUGUUGUACCUUUGUCUGUGUGCAAUAAACAGCAGCUCAGUUGUGUGUGUGUGUGUGUGUGUGUGUGUGUGUGUGGUUGCAGUCGUUGUGAAUGAGUUUGUUGUAUGUCGGUAAGCGAGACAUAUGUGUGUAUGCGUGUGUGUGUGUGUGUGUGUGUGUGUGCGUGAGGUCGGCUCGGCGGGCAGCGUGUGUGAGGUCGGCUCGGCGGGCAGCACCGCCCCGCCCCAGCAGUGACCCGCGGCCUCGGGGGGAGUAGUGACCUUUGGCCUCUACCUCUUGUUCCCUCGCUCCCUCCCUCCCCUUUAGGCCUACCUGUUACCCUCUUUCAUCUAAUCAACAAUAAAUAUACCAAUAAAUACUUUGUACCUUAAUUAGACUUGACGACGAUGAAGGUUUAGUGAUGUGAAUGUUACUGUACGGCAAUGAUGAUGAUGAUGACGAUGAUUCACCUGUUGACGGACUGAGCCUUGGCCGCCCCGUCGCCAGGCAAGGCCAGCUCUUUAUAUAUAUAUUUUUACUGUUUAUUUAUUUUGUCUUCAUCUAACCACGAAGGAAGUUUUUAAUCUGUGUAUAUACUGUAACAUAUCUCUGUGUAAAUAAACGCUGUAUGACUA